AUGGCGACGCUGGGGCACGUGCUCUUGCAGCGCCAGGCUUUGCCGCAAGCGCGCUCGUUGCUGGAGCGUGUCGCGCUUCUGGACGAGCUCGAGGCGGGGCCGUCUGCGUUUGUGACGCUCGAGUCGCUGCUGCAGGUGGCGACCGUGUACCGGUACAUGGACAAGUUCGAGGCGGCGAUGAACGUUGUCAUGUCGGUCGUGGCGACGGCCGAGGUGAGCUUUGCAGCGACGCGCGACGAUGUGUGGGAAGACCUGCUGCACAGUGGUUGGCUCGAGCUUGGCGUGCUGCACUGCUGCCUCUCGAGCAUCGAGAGUGGCUGCAAUUACAUCUUUGCUGCGUUCCAGGGGUCUUUGGAGCUCUGGGGGCCGCAGCACGACCGGCCUUGGACUGCUUUCGCCGCAUGGUGCUACUUUUCGGCGCGGCACUGCCGCUUUGACGAUCGCAGUGAGGCGCGGAAGCUCGUCGCUGGCGUUUCGGAAAUGCCAGCAGCGAUUUGCGACUGGCCAUCGCGAGUGUGUGCGACGUGUGCACACCGUAUCGCUGGCCCCGUGUACAGCACGACCUCAGAUGUGGCGUGGACGUACCUACGUUGUGGAUCGUGCGUCGCCACCGAAGGGCGUGUUGCGCCGUCGACGACGCAUCUGCCGCCGCGCAGUGUCAGCGCCGUUGUGUCCCUCGCCUUGUAG